AUGAUCUCUGCUGGGGUUGCGGUGCGCUGUCGCGCUCGCGGGGUUGUUCUGUGGAGAGGCGUGCUUUGCCCCACCCUUCUUCUGCUCUUUGCCACUUCGUCGAAUGGCGAUUGCGCGGGGGCGGCGUGGCGGUUCGAGGCGGACAUCGCCACCUACGUCGUCCGGAUGAGGAGGGCGAAGGCAGGGGGGAUUACGACGUGCCAGCCGCAGCGAUUUGGUGAGCCCAGGAACCAUAUCGAGGCUUAUACUCGCGCUGCCUACUUUAGGCAAGUGCGCUGUGGACUUUUUUUUCGUAUGGCUCUCCUUUCUGGCGCUUUGUCGUGGCGAGAGGGGCUGUAUGGUGCGAAGUGGGAAUUGACCACCGCAACGGUUCCUCUUGUUUUGAAGAGGGGAUUGUGA